AUGGAAGUGGUCGAUGACUUCAUGGAGCAGAAGGACAUAUUCAUGACGACCACAAUCUGGGAGAACGACUGUCGAUCCUGGUUCAAAAAUGCCAACACCGGUAAGAUCAGUGAAUUAUGGCCUGGGAGCGGACUAAGCAAAAUAGAAGCCGUGGCCCUUCAGCGGUUCGAGGAUUUCUACGUUAUAUACGCGACAAAGAACCGCGAUCUGACACAUUAUGUGCGCCACAAGGACAAUGGCGAAUUUGGUGUUUCCUGA